AUGGCCUCACUGGCUGAGAUCGUAGACACCAUCCUUCUCCUUCGAUACAUCAGUGUCUGCGAGCACAUCAUGACAUUCAAGGAGGAGCUGCGGGUCAUCUGGAGGAACAAGGAGACCAGCAUGUGGUCCAAGGUCGCGUUCGGCAUAAACCGUUACCUUGUGGAGUCGGUUAUCGCGCUCACGGUAGCGGCUUUCAGUGGUGAAAUACGGCAGAUGACGACGUCCUAUCCUAUCUGUCCUGAUCAUCGGUAUAGUGAGCAUCUCCGAUCUGCAAAAGUGUGUCUGCUGGCGGCCACUCCCCGGGUUUUGAUUGCUGUUUUCGCUAUCCAGACAAGCUGUGAUAUUUCCGUUGUGAUUUUAAUGAUCUACAAUGCGCUCGAUCAGCCGCGGAGGAGUGACACCGAUAUGAAGACGACGCUGCGGAAAGAUGGCGUGCCCUUUCUCGUGGCCAUAUUCGGUCUGCGCAUGCUCUAUACCAUCAGUGCCAUCACGAUGAAUGUGCGAUAUUCCCCGCUCCGCAAAGCACAAUAUUGA